AUGCCUUCCUCACUGGUAGAAGAAAUAGACAAGAAGACGUAUAAUCCUAAUGUUUACUUCACAACAUCUGACCCACAAUCUUAUAGGACUAAAAAUAAAGUGGGCAAGUCCAGUGGUUCUUCACAGUUUAGAUCAGUUAAACGAGUGAAUUACUCAUUAACUGAUCUAGAGGCAAGGCUGUAUGCAACAAAACCCGACGGGAAGGGCAAUGAUAAUGAGAAUCUACCUGGGAAUAAUUCUACCAAUUCUUAUUUGGAUAGGUAUACUCCACAACAAAUAAUGCAAUCACAAAGGCGGUUCAUGGAGCUUAACACUGAAAAUCUUAGUGAUUUAAAGGAUAUCCCUAGUUUAUUGAGCAGUAUUACCGGAUACGAUAAGGACAAAAUUAGUUCAAGCACAUCUACAAUUUCACAAAUUGACUCUGAUCUCUCAGCAAGAGCAGCAAAAAAUAAAUGGGAAAUACCUAAAUCUUUACAGUACUCAUAUAAAUCUACUGCCAAACCAAAGGAGAAGAAGAAAAAUACCAAUCGUAUAGUAGCGCUUAAGAAAACCCUUUCAUCAAAGAGAAAACUCCCUACCUACGUUGACACCAUGAACCAACUGGAUAAGAGUAUCAUUUUCAAUAACGUUUACAACAAAAAGUAUUUCAAGGUACUUCCUCUGAUCACUACUUGUUCUAUUUGCGGUGGUUAUGACAGUAUUUCCAGUUGUGUUAACUGUAAUGAUAAAAUUUGCUCUUUAAGAUGCUACAAACUACACAAUGAAACUAGAUGUACACACAGUUGA